AUGCUAACUGCGGCUACACCGGCUAGCGCUAAGUGUGUUGCUGCUCCGGAUGGUCGCGAUCUUUCCAACGAACUCACUAGAGCCCGGGGUGUUGCCCCUUGCUGGAGCCCCAGCUGGGUGCUGAGGCUCCUCCCCCAGCAGACCCAGCAGCCAACCCCCAGCAGCAUCCAGCACCCAGCUGGGGUUCCUCCCCCAGCAGACCCAGCAGCAGCACCCAGCAGCAGCAGCCCCAGCACCCAGCAGCAGCAUCCAGCACCCAGCUGGGGUUCCUCCCCAGCAGCACCCAGCUGGGGUUCCUCCCCAGCAGCGCCAGCAGACCCAGCAGCAGCCCCAGCACCCAGCAGCAGCAGCCCAGCAGCCCCAGCACCCAGCCCCACCAGCCCCAGCACCCAGCCCCACCAGCCCCAGCCACCAGCCCCAGCACCCAGCAGCAGCCAGCCAUCUCUAACCAUGAGCCGUCCGUCAUCAAAGUUAACGAUGUUCAUUUUAACUGUUGUGAUUCUCUUCACGCGUGUUGCGGUUGGAUCAGUGCUGCGAGACGCACAAGGAUCAGAUGUCGUCAAAAUGUUUGUGACAGAAGGGGAUGACGUCAUCCUGCCCUGCUCUCCACGACCCAAGGAGAACAUUGAAGCAACAGUGUUCGACUGGAUCAAAGAUAACAAGGAGGUGUUCCUGUUCGAUAACGGCAAACACUACGGAAACGGCCGCUCGGAUCAGGAUCAGGAUCAGGAUUUUAAAGGACGAGUCUCUCAUUUUGUUGAAGAGCUGAAGCACGGAAACGCCUCCAUACUUAUCCGAGACACGAAGACUACGGACAGUGGGAACUUCACCUGUAUCUUUCCACAUCUUAAGCCCAGUCAAACCUACACGAUUGAACUUGUUGUUGGAAUGACCUUCAAAAACAGAUUAGGACAAAUCGAGGGUGCAGCUCUACCUCCAUAUGUCAAGAUACUUAACGUCACAGGAGAUGGGGUGCUGCUGGAGUGUUUGGUUCGAGGUGCUUAUCCAGAGCCUCAGGUCGAGUGGCAGACGAGUGAUGGGAGCGUCGUCCAUGCUGAGGAGCCGCAGGUCUCUCCAAGAGGACACCGCUUUGACGUCCUCCUCCUCACCACCGUGAAGAAGACCAACAUGUACCGCUGUGUGGUCAAGCAGGACGGCUUCGGCCAUGUGAUUGAUAAUGAGCUCUUUGUGCCAGACAAUCUCUUCGAGGACAAGUCCUCCCAUUGUACCAGUGUGCCCAUGGUUGUGAUAAUAACUAUAAUAGUAGCUCUGGUCAUUGAUCAUCUGGUUGCAUUUCUAGUAAAGAAAAUCAUGAACCAGAGGAAAAAGAUGUUGAAGCGUCGGUCAACUGGUGGUGACGCUGUACCUGAUGAAGCAGAGGAGUUGAAGUCUCAGUUACCUGAUGGUGACGCUGUACCUGAUGAAGCAGGUAUAUUGAGUGACACAGUAGUUCAAGUGUUUAUUGCUUCAUUAACAGUUGUGAUUGUUUGAUAGUUUGUGAACAAGAUCAUGUAUUUCAAUUAGGGCUGUCAAACGAUUAAAAUGUUGAAUCAGAUUAAUCACAGGGAAGCUGUGAUUAAUUUUCUAUUUGUAUUAUUGAGAUAAAUGACAGA